CUUUCACCAUUCCUCCAUGGCACCCAGAUCAAGAAAAGAUGCAGCUGAAAAGCAGGGACGAAGAAGCGACAUCAAUGUCCAAGGUGAUGGCAAUUCCUCGAUCGCAUCAAGUAGUAUGUCCAUUGUAGCGGACAGUGCCACCGUCAACUCACGUAGAACUACUAGACAUUCGACACAAAACGCCACCAACUUACGCAAAAAGAAUGGCAAGCUCAUUAAAGUUGACAUGUCUGAAGACAGCGAUUUCGAAUCAGAGACACCUGCAGUAUCCUCUUCAUCUUCCAAACAACUAGCCAUUAAAGUCCCCUGUUUGCAAAAAAAGGCGGAUUCUUCAGCUGUCAAAAGUAAAAAGCGUGCGGUGGAAGAGACAGUGCCUUCAUCUUUGUUAACACGAAAACGGAGACAGAGAAAUAAUGUCAAGCAAGAGCAAAAUGAAGUUGAGAGUCCAGAUACCGAUAUGGUAUCGGCAACAAGCUCCGCGGCUGAGGAAGAAGAGAAGAACAGCGCUGGUAUUAUUUUACCUACGCUUGAAAGUGAUAAUGAAUCUGAAUUUUAUAUGGAUGAGGAUCGUAGCAGCGAGGAUGAAGACGAAUGGGAAGAAGUAUCCAUUUCUGGUCCUAUUAUGGCUCAAGGACAGGAGGAUGAUGAGGAGCAGGUCGAGGAGUUGUCUGGGCCAUGGCAGUAUAGUGCCGUAGAGAUUGUUUUUGAUAAGCCGCUUGGUGAGAUCAAAAGAAAAUCCAAAAGCAAAGGGAUAACAAAGGAGGAAAGGAUGAUCCGAAUUUUGAUUCAUCAGACUCAUUUGAUGUGUUUGAUCGCUAAUGGUCUCCUUCGUAACCGUUGGAUUAGUCAUCCGAAGUUCUCUGCUGUGGCUCUCUCUUUAGUCCCUGACCACAUUGCCAGGUCUGUAAGAGCUACGUACGAUAGCCCUGCACGGGAGAUAAAUGCAUUGCAGGUGCUAGCACUUUGGUGGCGAGAUUCUUUUAUCGUUUCAGGACCCGGGAUCCAAAGCAGAGAAUAUUUGGAUCUUGAUGUUGUAGGCGUGGAGGCAGUGAUAUCAAACAGCAGCGAAGAGUGCCUUAAGAAGCGAAAGAAUCUUCAGCGUCGGCUGCUCAACCGGAAUGGAUCAACAGAUGUUUGUUCGCAGCUUUUUACAGGGAUAUGUAGGGCUCUAGGCUUAAAUACUAGGCUGAUUGAAUCGCUUCAGGCGUGUCCUUUUAAAGUCUCGCUUGCUAAAGGGAACUCUGAACCACCAGCAGAUAAUGAAACGGGUGCAUCCAGCAUGCCUAGUACAUCAGAAAAAGGAAAGAAAAAGAGAAAAGAGAGAGAAUUAGAUGAAGAUGAUACCACACGAGGAUCUCGUGUAGUCCUGGUGACACCUCAUCGUCUACCCAAAAAACCGACAAAACUUACUCCUAAUCAUAAGAUGGCAGAGCCACCUGUCUUCUGGACAGAAGUUUAUUCUACAUUGAGCCGAAAAUGGAUCACAAUUGAUCCAGUUCGAGGGUUUGUCAACAGCCCUUUAAAAAUGCACCCUUCCAAGAGCUGCUCAAGUAACGUCCUAGCAUAUGUAGUUGCGUACGAUGAAGACAACUACGUGACAGACGUUACGCGACGAUAUACGAGCAUGUGGAAUACAGCUACUAAGAAGCUCCGCGUGCAGCCAUCUGGAAAUGAGGGGUAUGACUGGUGGAAGCAUACUUUAUCUGGGCUGGUGAACCCACAUCGCACGAAAGAGGAGGACUUGGAAGAAGAGGAACUGUUAAAAGCGGAAGUCUCGGAAAGAAUGCCUACUAAACUAGGAGAUUUCAAUAAUCACCCUUUGUAUGCCUUGGAACGACAUCUCAAGAAGUACGAAGUUCUAUAUCCACGGGUCCCAGUCUUGGGUCAUAUUCGAGGCGAAGCCAUAUAUCCACGCAGCUGUGUUAAGCAGGUUAAAUCGAAAGAGAAUUGGCUUCGGCGGGGAAGAGUUAUCAAACCUGAAGAGAUUAAGCCCGUCAAAUGGGUCAAAUCACACGCAGCUACCAUUUACCAACUGCGUCUUCGUCAACAGCGAGCUAUCUCUGGUGGCGGCAGCAAUCUAGAGCAGGGUAUGCCCAGCUAUAGGAAAUGUCAAGUCUCGGGGAAUGAUAAGGAGGACGAUGAUGAAGAGAUGCUAGAAUAUAAGAUCAAGAAUAGCCCAUUAGAAAACGGUGGAGGUGGCUUUAAAGAAGAUAGUGAAGCAGAUUUAAUCCCACUUUUUGGAGAAUGGCAGACCGAGGCGUAUCAGCCACCAUGGGUGGUUGAUGGAAAGGUUCCUCGCAAUGAAUAUGGGCGACAGGAUGUGUUUACACCUGAUAUGGUGCCACUUGGUGGGUCUCACCUCAAAGGCCGGAAUAUUGCACAUAUAGCUAGGCUAUUGGGCGUAGAUUACGUUGAGGCGGUGACUGGGUUUGAGUUCCAUUCAAGAAGAUCCAUGCCAGUAAUCCAGGGCAUCAUUGUGCCAACUGAGCAGGCAGAACUGGUGAUGGAUGCUUACCACGAGCUACUUCAUCAGCAAGAUCAAGAAGCACACAAGAAAAAGAGGAUGGAAGCAUUAAAGAACUGGCGUAAGCUUAUCAAAGGGAUGUUAACGCGGUCUCGACUGAUGGAGGAAUAUGGCGGAGAGCACAGUAAAGACGAUCGGGAGCCAAGCGUAAGCUCAAGCGAAGACAAACAUAAUAAUGGUGAAGGUGAUGAUAAAGCACCACAGCCGCAAUCACAAGACCAAGGCUCCGACCAACAAGUCCAAACUACAAAUACAGAACCAGUGGAUUCUGGAGCGGGAUUCAUGAUAGAUUGAAGGACAAGGCUAC